AUGGCAACAUCCAAAGUAUUCCUCUUGGGAACUUUGGAGGAUUUGGGAACCGAGGAGUUUAAAAAAUUCAAGUGGUACCUGCAGCAGUCAGAGGUCCUGGAAGCCUUCCCCGCAAUACCAAAGAGUCGACUGGAAAAUGCAGAGAGGGUGGAUACAGUGGAUGAGAUGGUGCAGACUUACCAUAUAAACGCUAUAAAAGUCACCAAAAUGGUUUUAGGGAAGAUGAAUAAGAAUGAUCUAGUGGAAAAUUUAUCAAAACACACAUCAGAACCUACAGAGAUUCUUGCUGUGUGCCAGCAAAAACUCAAAUCCAACUUUCAAAAGAAGUAUCAGUAUCUGUUUGAGAAAAUCACAAAAGCAAGAAAUUCAAAACUACUAAAUAGGAUCUACACAGAGCUCUACAUCACAAUGGAAGAGACCGGAGGGGUCAACAUGGAACAUGAGGUCCGACAGAUUGAAACAGCAUCCAGGAAACCAGCCAGACCAGAAACAACCAUCAGACAAGAAGAUAUCUUUAAACCCUCACCUGGAAGAGAUGAACCAAUCAGAACAGUGAUGACAAAGGGAGUGGCUGGCAUUGGGAAAACAGUCUUAACACAGAAGUUCACUCUGGACUGGGCUGAAGACAAAGCCAACCAGGACAUACAGUUCACAUUUCCAUUCACUUUCAGAGAGCUGAAUGUGCUGAAAGAGAAAAAGUACAGCUUGGUGGAACUUGUUCAUCACUUCUUUCCUGAAACCAAAGAAGCAGGAAUCUGCAGCUUUGAAGAGUUCCAGGUUGUGUUCAUCUUUGACGGUCUGGAUGAGUGUCGACUUCCUCUGGACUUCCACAACAAUGAGGUCCUGACUGAUGUUACAGAGUCCACCUCAGUGGAUGUGCUGCUGACAAACCUCAUCAGGGGGAACCUGCUUCCCUCUGCUCGCCUCUGGAUAACCACACGACCUGCAGCAGCCAAUCAGAUCCCUCCUGAGUGUGUUGACAUGGUGAUAGAGGUCAGAGGGUUCACUGACCCACAGAAGGAGGAGUACUUCAGGAAGAGGUUCAGCGAUGAGGAGCAGGCCAGCGGAAUCAUCUCCCACAUCAAGACAUCACGAAGCCUCCACAUCAUGUGCCACAUCCCAGUCUUCUGCUGGAUCACUGCUACAAUUAUGGAAAAUGUGUUGAAAACAAGAGAAGGAAGAGAGCUGCCCAAGACCCUGACUGAGAUGUACAUCCACUUCCUGGUAGUGCAGUUCAAACGGAAGAAUGUCAAGUAUCAUAAGAGAGCUGAGUCAGAUCCACACUGGAGUCCAGAGAGCAGGAAGAUGAUUGAGUCUCUGGGAAAACUGGCUUUUGAGCAGCUGCAGAAAGGCAACCUGAUCUUCUAUGAAUCAGACCUGACAGAGUGUGGCAUCGAUAUCAGAGCAGCCUCAGUGUACUCAGGAGUGUUCACACAGAUCUUUAAAGAGGAGAGUGGGCUGUACCAGGACACGGUGUUCUGCUUUGUCCAUCUGAGCGUUCAGGAGUUUCUGGCUGCUCUUCAUGUCCAUCUGACCUUCAUCAACUCUGGUGUCAAUCUGCUGGAAGAAGCAACAUACUGUGAAGCUGAGGUGCACAAAGACAAACCUGAACUAACACAUCUCUACCAGAGUGCUGUGGACAAGGCCUUACAGAGUCCAAAUGGACACCUGGACUUGUUCCUCCGCUUCCUGCUGGGUCUUUCACUGCAGACUAAUCAGACUCUCCUACGAGGUCUCCUGACACUGACAGGAAGUAGCUCACAGACCAACCAGGAAACAGUUAAGUACAUCAAGAAGAAGAUCAGUGAGAAUCUGUCUCCAGAGAGAAGCAUCAAUCUGUUCCACUGUCUGAACGAACUGAAGGACCGCUCUCUUUUGAAUGAGAUUCGAUGGUACCUGAGUUCAGGAAGUCUCUCCACAGAUAAACUCUCUCCUGCUCAUUGGUCAGCUCUGGUCUUCAUCUUACUGUCAUCACAAAAAGAUCUGGACAUGUUUGACCUGAAGAAAUACUCUGCUUCAGAGGAGGCUCUUCUGAGGCUGCUGCCAGUGGUCAAAGCCUCCAACAAAGCUCUGCUGAAUGGUUGUAAUCUGUCGUGGAGAAGCUGUGAAGCUCUGUCCUCAGUUCUCAGCUUCCAGUCUUCUAGUCUGAGAGAGCUGGAUCUGACUAACAAUGACUUGCAGGAUUCAGGAGUGAAGCUGCUCUCUGCUGGACUUAAGAGUCUCCAUUGUACAGUGGAAACUCUCAGACUGUCGGGUUGUCUGAUCACAGAGGAAGGCUGUGCUUUUCUGGCGUCAGCUCUGAGCUCCAACCCCUCCCAUCUGAGAGAGCUGGACUUGAGCUACAAUCAUCCAGGAGAGUCAGGAAUGAUGCUGCUGUCUGCUGGACUGAAUGAUCCACACUGGAGACUGGACACUCUCAGUGUUGACUAUGGGGGAGUGCAGAGACUGAAACAUGGUCUGAGGAAGUAUUUCUGUGAACUCACAAUGGACACAAACACAGCAAACAGGGAGCUCAAACUGUCUGACGACAACAAGAAGGUGACACGUGUGAGAGAAUAUCAGCCAUAUCCUGAUCAUCCAGAGAGAUUUGAAUGCUUCUGUCAGCUGCUGUGUGGAAAUGGUCUGACUGGUCGCUGUUACUGGGAGGUUGAGUGGAGAGGAAAUGUUUAUAUAGCACUUACUUACAGAGGAAUCAGCAGGAGAGGAAACCACAAUGACAGCAGGUUUGGAAUGAAUAAUCAGUCAUGGAGGCUGACCUGCUCUAAUGAUUGCUACACUGUUUGUCACAAUAAAGGAAGAAAAGUCCUCCCUCUCUCCUCUCCCUCCUCCUCCUCCUCCUCCUCCUCCAACAGAGUAGCAGUUUAUGUGGACUGGGCUACUGGCACUCUGUCCUUCUACAGAGUCUCUCGUGGCAAACUGAUACACCUCCACACCUUCAACAGCACAUUCACUGAACCUGUCUACCCUGCAUUUGGGUUUGGGGCAUAUGACUCCUCAGUGUUUUUGUGUCCUCUCUAG